UUGCGGACUUCCAAUGGAUGCCCCUUCCCCGGUCCGGUCGAUUGCCGAAACCGCAUUGCAACGUGCUCAUGGCACAAUUGCGGGAUUACUUGCACACUACAGUACCAACUCCGUUGAUGGAUGUCAGAGUAGAGGUUGUUGACCUUCACGACUACAUUGCGAAGAUCGACCGCGAGUUCAAGACACAACGCUCAUCGCCAUACGGUGCUCCCGUUCUCUUCGUCCGGAAGAAGAACAAGGAUUUGCGGUUGUGCAUCGAUUAUCGCAAGCUCAACGCGCAAACGGUCAGAAACGCCGGCCCUCUUCCACGCAUCGACGACCUUCUCGAACGGUUGGGCAGCGCCAAGUUCUUCUCCAAGCUUGAUCUCAAGUCGGGAUAUCACCAACUCGAGAUUCGGCAGGAGGACCGCUACAAGACCGCGUUUAAGACGCGAUAUGGGCAUUUCGAAUGGCUGGUUAUGCCAUUUGGCCUUACGAAUGCCCCGGCCACUUUCCAAACGGCUAUGACAACGGAGUUCGAACACAUGCUGGAUCAAUUCGUACUUAUCUACCUCGACGACAUCCUGGUGUACAGUCGGAGUUUGGAUGAGCAUGUGGAACACCUGCGCACCAUUUUGGAGCGGCUACGACAAGCCAAGUACAAAGCCAACCGCGACAAAUGCGAAUUCGCGCGGCAAGAGCUGGAGUACUUGGGACAUUAUGUGACGCCGCAAGGCAUCCGUCCGCUUGCGGACAAGAUCGAGGCCCUUCGCGUAUGGCCCGAGCCCACCAACAUCACGGACGUCCAUUCAUUCAUGGGGUUGGCGGGCUACUAUCAGCGAUUCGUCACCGGAUACUCAAGGAUUGCCGCACCUAUGACGAGAUUACAAUCGCCAAAGGUGCCAUUCGUAUUCGAUGACGACGCACGCCGGUCAUUCCAAGCACUUAAGAAGACCAUGCUCAUGGCACCCGUCCUUAGCAUUUAUGACCCCACCCUACCUACGAGAGUAACAACUGACGCUUCCGGCUAUGGCAUUGAGGCAGUCUUGGAACAACACGACGGCGACGACUGACACCCUGUGGAGUAUUUCAGCCACAAAGUGCCUCCCAUCAACUCG